AUGUUGGACAAAGACCAGGAUACAGAUGGCGUGUAUCCAGAUGACUUUGAGUGCAUCACUCAUGUACAUGAGAAAGUGCUAUCGCUGGGUCACCCUACGUCAUUCAAUAUGAUUUAUGAAAUGCAGCAGUAUGCAUCAUCUCUGGCGUUCAAUCAAACGCAGGAGGCCAAAGUGUUUGUCGAUCCAGACUUCAAAUGGAUCACCAUUGGGGUGAAAAUGAUGCACCUGGACAAGCUGCAAGAGGGCAUCCGGCAUCUAGCACAGGACAUGAAGUCAUGCUACAGGGCCCUUAUGCAAAGUGACAACGUGGUGACCAAGAUGCCAGAUCAGGUGAAUGAUGAUAUCACAAACACCACAAGGGGCUACUCUUUCAUAUUGGAGAACCCAUUUUUUGAGAAGCGCCAUUCUCUCCUUCUCUUUUUGGUGGAGCAUGCAGUCAGGACAUGGAAGGGGAAGGCUAGAGCUAUUGAUGCAGAUCAGUCCUCGCCAACCACUGCCACCACCAAGUGGAAGGCUACAGCCCAUGCCUUCGACCAGCCUCCGUCAUUCACCACUGUCAUGAAUUAUUUGAAAGGGAGGUGUAGGGCGCAGGCUAUUGAACACCCUCCGCCAUUUACACUCACUGGCAGGCCUGGGCCGUCUAGGACCAUCAUCAAUGCUUCCAAGGCAAAAGCUAGAGACGAAAGUAUUAAACAGCCCCAUUCCACCACAUCAGCCCUGUCGAGUUCACCUGCUGUGGUGCCAGCAGUGCAUGCUUUUGACUGGCCACCUUCAUUCGCCUCCAUCAUAGAUCAUUCAACAGGGAAGGCUAAGGUGCAGGCUGUUGAAUCAUUAUUUACACCCACUGGCAAGCCUGGACCAUUAAGGACCAUUGCCUAUGCUUCCAAGGGAAAAGCCAGAGAUGUCAGCAUCACCCAGGCCCAUUCCUCUGUAUUGUCCCUAUCAAGUUCACCUGCAGUAGCGCUGAUGGCAUACCACAAACAUCAUCGCCCUCAGCAUAUCAGCGAGCCAGAUGAUGAUGAGGAAGUGCCUAGGAAGCUCAAGCAUCUUUGUCGCCCCAGCACCAUAGCUCCAGACAUUCAGAUGGAGACUAUCAGCCUAACCAGCAAUGAUGACCUCUCCAGCUUCAUUGUCCCUGAUAGCGAUCUGUCUUCGUCACCACCCCCUGUCAUUCAGGAAAUGAGAAACAGCAUCCAAGGAGUGAUCAGACAGAUCAUGAAGGAUCCUACCGCUGCAGAAAAGAGUCAUGACCAGAUGGAUGCACUUGUUGCCAUCAUGAGUGAAACUCAUGACCUUGUCAUCAUCAUGAAGACUGGAGGAGGCAAGAGCAUGUUAUGGAUGGUUCCGCCAGUGCUAGAUGAGGCUGAAAAAUGCAUUGUGUAUACGAAGACUGCUGUCACUGGACUGCAUUGCCACGACUAUACUGCACACAAAGAUGUGCCUGAAAACGUCCAGGUCACAGAACUUCUCUUAUCCUGCCACCACAGCUACUCAUAUGACAUCCUCAGUCUCCUGGUGUCCCCCCUGGGGAAGAAGUUUACCAGAUUCUAUGUAGAUGAGGUCCACAACGUGCUCAACUGCCAUCCAGAUCGCACAUCAAAAUGGCUUACUCUUGGUCAGCAAUUCAGUGCGGCAUCGGUGCAAAUGAUUCUCAUGUUGGGGACCAUACCUCACCGGGUGGGGAGCUAUGUCAAGCCAUUCGGGAUCCUGCUGCAUGACAUCAACAAAGUCAGGUUUGUGACAAACCGUCCAGAGAUUGGCAUGCACAUCAUACAUGUGGAACCCAUUGCGGCAAGGGAAUCCCUGCAUCACCUUGUUCAUACUCUAUCUCUACUUCUAGGAGACGAAGACUGCAUGCUGGUGUUCUUUAGCUCCACAGCUGAAACAGAAGAAUUUGGAAGAAAGGCUAGGUGCACUAUGUAUCACAGUGAGCUCUGGCAACCUGGCAACACGAAGGCAUACAACCUUGACCCAUGGGACCGAGGUGAAUUGAAGGUGAUGGCGUGCACCACAGCUUUUGCUCAGGGUAUGGACAGAUCCAAUGUCCAAUAUGUGGUGAUAUUCAGGCCUGCAUAUGGACUUAUUGUCAACAACCAGAUGAUGGGUCGCGCAGGUUGUGACGGCAGAGAAUCUCAUGUGUUCUAUGUCACUGACAAGCAUGGAAAGUCACUACCUAGCAAGGCAAAGCAUGCAUUAGACCAUUGCCUGGCAGAAUUGGAUGACAUAAUGUUUGGCACAAAAUGUAGGCGAUACACCAAUGGUCUCUUCAUGGAUGGUGAGCAGCUCGCAUUGCAGUCCACUGAUCCUCCUCAUGGAGUCCCUUGCAACAUAUGUGCCCCCAACAGCGCCAUGCAGCUGUUGAUCCAGAAAGUGUCAGACAACCCUUUCAGGGAAUUGGAUGCCCUUGUGCAAACAAGCUUGGCAGCCAUUGGGUCAGGCUCUGCUUUGCAGGACAGACCUAGUGCUGCGCAGCCGAUGCUUCCCGUGUUUGUGCAGGUCGGUUCUUCACUUCAAAUGCCCACGGAUGUCAGCCCAUCAACCCAGAACAGUGAUUCCCUGUAUGACUGUGAGUCAGAGAUCACAUCAUCUCAAGCUCUGGUGCUGGAUGCCAUGGAGGUCAUUCAUGGAAAGCGUGCCUCAGGAGCACAGACCAGACCAUACCAGUCAUUGUCGCAGCCAUCUGUGGGAAUCACCUCCAGGGUAGAACUACCACCUCCUUCCUCGCUUCCCAGUGGAAUUGAGUCCCGUGGCUUCAUCUCAAGAGUAAGGAGAGUGGAUGCUACACAUACCAGUCGUCUUCAAUGCUCCUCCCAUCUCAACACGUAUAUGCGGGUCUUGAGAGACAUGUGCCCCAUCAAGUUUGUGGUUAGAGGCGAACUGCACUCCACAGAGCUGCACGUCUGCCUGGUAAAACACGACAUGCUGAUAGAUGACUACGGCAGGUUCAAACACAUUUUCGUCUUCGCUCCCUACACAUAUUGUUUCCACUGCGGCAUGCCCCAGUCGUGGAACUGCAAUGGAGAGGAGCCCGUAUGCCAUUCCGAGUUCCUGUGGGAGAAAGGGAGCAGGUGCCACUUCAGUGGUUUUAUCUUCAAGGCUGUCUACUGCGUGUGGCAGGUGCCGGGGCUCAGGGACCUUAUGAUCCAGGGUAUCGGUGCAGGAGGAAGGCUCUCGACAUUCAACGAGUUCUUGGCUUGGGUAGUUCAAGAGAACACAGAAGAAGGCAGAUACAACAAUUGCAUCGAGGCAUUCCUUUGGUUCUGUGAGGAGAUAGAGAAAAUCAUACCUGUCAUGUUUGGUGUUUGA